UAUUAUGACUUUUAAUAUUAUAAUGUACGUGUAAAUUUAUAGAAUUAUAAGAAUGUCUUUUUUUUCUAACUUUUUUAUUUAUUAAUUUAAUAGCUAUAAUAGUAAUAAAAUGAUAAUAGUCAUCUUUUAAAUAAAAAAAAAACUAAUAAUUUCAUACUAUCACAUAUUAUUAGUUUUAAAUUUAAAUAAAUUAUAUUUUAUACUUUAAUAAUUGAAAAUAUUUUAAAAUAAUAUAUACUUUAAUAAAUUUAUUAAUAUUAUACAAUUAAAAAUAUUAUUAAAAAAUACUAAAAAAUACAUUCAGAGUUAAGAAAACAAAUAGUCUAAAUAUUUCAAUAUUCAGAUUCAGAAGUGAUAUCUUAUUAUUCAGAUGUGCAUCCAGAUUCAAGGGUCUGAAUCUUAAAAAAAAUAAAUGCACCCUUAGUGGGACAAGAUUUAUAGAUAAUUAGAAUAUCAGAGUUAUGCAGGAUAUUUGGUUGUGACCAUUUUACCUCUUAGCAGAUUACUUAAAAGUGAAAUAAGGAUAUUAUUGUCUUUUCUAUCUAAGCUUAUUUUAGAAACCAUUAGUGAAUUUAUUAGAAGAUGGGUUUUUAUUUAUAUGCUGAAAUGGAUUAUUUUAAUUAAUGUAGGAUAAGAUAAACAUAACUAAAAUUAAGUCAUUUUCUCUCUACUAAUUUCUCACCUUCGGCCCUAGAAGAAAUCAUGAGCAAUUUUACAAUUCAACAAGAACUUUAGCUUGCAAUUCAAAAGGUUAUUAGAAUCAAGAUCAAAAUAAGUCCUAAGUUAUACUCUUCUCUUUGAAAUUUGUAAGAAAAGUUUGGGCUUUAUGUGUGUUUUAGUAAAUUUAGUUCUGUGUGUAUGUGAAUUAGAAAUUGUUUUGGGGUUGGUUUGAAAUUGUUUGUAGCUAUUUUUAAAAAAGAAAUAGAAAAUGUAGUUUGAGUUGGGUGAGUUCGAGUUAAGAACUCAAACUUAGCUCAACAUGGUAGAUUUUAAUUCUAAGGUUUAUUGAUGCAUUUAAGCUUUGAAAUAUGUUUAGAACAUGAUUAUAGGGUGUUCUGAAAAGUUUGAGUAAGUUUGGGGUAGAAAUGAGGAAGAUAAAAUCGAGUUGGUGAAAUCUGCACAUCGUUUCUGAAGAAACAGUUAACCAUUAAUUCAGGCAGACCCUGGGUAAACAAUUGCCUAUUUGGGGAUCCUGUUACUCGUUUGGGGUGAUUUUUGGGUACCCUAAUUUUUAUGUUUUCUCGAUAUGUAAGGUAUUGUCACGCUAUUUAUUGAUAAAAAAGUUCAGAUUAUGAGUUCAAGUCUCGAAAGUUUUUUAACGAGACACUUACCAGUUUUACGUUAAUGUGACUUAGGGCCUCCGAUCAUUGAGCAGUUUUUCACUCAGGUUGACCGGCACACCUGAGGUAAGAUUAGUAUAACAGAUGCACAUAUGCACAUGUUUAAUGUACAUAUUUUAUGUUUGCCAAUUAGAAAAUAUAUAAGUAAGAGCGGUAUUGGUGUACAUAGAGUUGAACCUGGAUAUCAACGAGAUAUAUGUUUGGCAAUACAGGAAGUACGAACUAAUGUUAUUAACAUUAGUACGCUUAGAGUACUGAGUGCAUGUGGUAUCAUGCUUAGUUGUACUUAUAGUAUGGAUUGAUGUUAUCACAUCAGUGCGACUAGAGUGUUGAGUAUAGGCUGAUAAUAUGGUCAAUCAUGCUAUAGUUAAGAACGUUCAAGACUCAGUUAUACGUGUUGGACGCGGGUUAUAAACUCGUGGUAAUUAGGUGUAUGGGCGCCUAAUUACAAGUCAGAUAUAUGUUUAUGUUUUAUGCAUCAAUUUCUUACUGAGUUUGUCGACUCACAGAUAUGUUUUCAUGUGUAGGUAAAGACUAGGGUUGAACAACAGUGAGUUUGGAGCUCAUUGAAGAUUGUACAUAUUUGGAUUGUUAGACUUAGAGUGUUCGGAUCUUUGAGACAAUAUGGACUUAGUUUUGUUAGUCGUUGGGCGACAUUUUUAUUAUGUUGUAUUUUGUAUAAGUUUGAAAAAAAGAAGGUAAAUUCAAUAUCCUGAGAUUUGAAACUUUAUAUAUUUAGUAAAAUUUUUAUUAAGCAUGAUUUUAUACUAUCAUCUGAUUAACAAAGGUUAGCACGAUAAUUAAAAAAUUACAGUAACAUGCUUAAAUUAGUAGGGCGUUACAGAAAUGAAAAAUAAAAAAGCGUAAAAUUGAAUACAAAAUUAGAAAUAAUCGUAUAUGUGGCAAUAAUUUCCUUAUAAUUAUAUAGGGUAUUUUGGCCAUAAUUAAAAGUAUUUUGACCUUAAAAUCUUAUUUGUAAUAUUUAAGAAAACACAAGAUCUAAAAUAGAAUUUUAAAACAUGUUGGAUACAGUUGAUCCAAGACAGUAUAAAUUAUUGUGUUUUGUUUUAUUUUGAUUCUAUAUAAAUAAAAUUAUGUCGUAAUUAUUAAUGCUUUUAAAGGAAUUAUGUAGCAUUUACAUAUCUUUCAUUCUAAAAAGUAUUUAUGUGUAAAUAUUGAAAAGAUUAAUUUACGGUAUAAAUAUUUAAGCUUAACUCUCAGUUACUGAUAAAUAUUGAAGUUUAAUUUUUUACGGUAAUAAUACCUAAGUUAUAUUUUCGAAACUUCUGCAUGUACCUGACCGUUAAGUGUCAAUUCAAUGGUCAAUUGGCAGUCCCUGAUUGGUCCAGGUCUUUAAUUUGUUUAUUUUUAUUUACAAAUUAAUUUAAAUAUACCAAUAAAAAUAUGACAUGUGGAUAAUGACUUGACAUUUAACGGGCAUAUACUUAUAGAAGUUCAAAAAAUAUAAUUUAGGUAUUAUUAUUGUCAUAAAUUAAAUUUGAGUAUUUUUCUACAAUCGAGAGUUAAACGUAGGUAUUUACGCCGUAAAUUACUCUAUUAAAAAUAAUAAUUUUAUUUUUAAGGCAAAAAUAAUAACAUAUAAAAUAUAAAAAAAUAAUAAUUUUAUUGAUAUAAAUAUUUUAAAGUAAAUAGUCACUUACUGUAUGUAUAAUACAAAAUAGUCAUGUAGGUAGUAUAAUAUUUAAACUAAAUUUUCAGCAUGUAAAUCAUUUAAAAUUAUCUAAAAUUUAUAAUAAGUCUUAAAUAAUUACAACAUACACAAUUAUAAAAAACCACAGACUAAAAAACUUUUUAGAAUGUUCCAAAAUACUCCUUUUGAAGAGUAUACAGUAUACUACAGUUUUUUCCUUAAUCCCCCUACAUAACCCAAAAUUUCCCUUUUGAAAAGCUGAACGACAAUUUAGAAAACAUCAUUUUAUAAUACAAGAGAUUUUUACACCUCAUGUCAAAAUUGACAUCUUUUUUACAUUUUUAUCAAUACACGGGUUUUUAAACUUUUUUAACUUUUACAUUUUUCAAUUUUACUUUCCUAAAAGUUUCAUAAUUACAAUUUUACCUUUUCCCUUCUUCCUUGCACACGUACACGCACACCACCUCAUAACUCCUUUCUUAUUUUUUUUUUUUGAAUUUUUCAUUUAUCUGAUUCUUCCACUCUUCAAGCCGAGCUUCCCACGAUCACCAUUAUCAAGCCCUAACCCAUUUCUUCUUCCCACGAUCACCUUCUCCAAGCCCUCACCCACGUUUUCCUCAACCUACAUUGUCACCCUCCACUAUAUUUUUUCUAUAUAAAUGGCAACCACUAGAAGUGGUUCGAAAUCACCAUCUCCGGCGAAGAAACUUUCUAAAAAAUCGAAGAAGCCUCCAACUGUUACUUCCAAAGUCGAACCUAAGAUGGGGUUAAAAAAUAUUGCUAAAAAUUUAGUGGGUGAUGUUCCAGAGACAUCGGGCUCUAAGAAAAGAGCCCUUCCAGUUAAAUCCGAUGCUCAUAAGCCUAAGAGAGCAAAAAUUUCCAAGUCUGCACGCGAUGUAAGUUUCUCUUUGUUGUUUUUAAAUUUUUCUUUAGUUUUUUUCUGAUUGUUUUAUUUGUGGUGUUACAUUUGAUGAUUUAAAGUUUUCCCCAUUUUUUGUUCUAGGUUUCCUCAGAUUCUGAUUUUGAGGAUGAAGUGCAUGUUGAGGACCAAAAGCCCAAAGUUGAAUCGAAGGUAAUUUAAAUUUGCUUGGUUUCAUUUUAUUGUGUUAAUUUUUACAUGAGCUUUUUAGGUCACUGGUUUAGGUGUUUAUUAGGAUGUUUUUAUGUUUUUUUUGGUGUUCUUUAUGUAUUUCUGUCAUGUAUUGUGGUUGAUGUUGUUUUGUUGUUUUUAUUCAGUUGUUGUUUGGUUGUUGAAAAAUUGCCCAGUUCAAUUCGUAUUUUGUUACAGUUUUGAAUUGCUUUUCCCCAUUGGUUGUUUAUAUGUUUAUUGUGAAUUUGUUUUCGGUUGUUUUACACACUAUUAGUAUUGAGAAGCAUUUUACUAAUUUCAAUUGCAACAAGAUCUUUCAGUGUUGUUCAUUCUCUAGUUUUGUAUAUGUUUAUUGUGAGUUUUUUCUCGGUUGUUUGUCACACUACUAUUAUCGACUACCAUUUUUGAAAUUUCAUAACAACGAGCUUGUACAGUGUUGUUAAUAUUUUAGUUGUUUUUUUUAUAAGUUGUGACAGUGUUGUUACUGUAUUUUUUUGAAAGUUGUUUAUCUCUUACAUUUAUCAUACUGUAAGGGUUUCAUAAACGUUGUUUUUAGGUUUUUUAUUGGUUGUAAUUUGGUUACUACAUUUUUAUAUAUUCAUUGUUAUUGUAUCUAAGAUUUGUUGCUUAUGUUUUACUUUGUAUUUCUUUUUUUUUUUUUGCAGGUGCAUGCUAGGACCUCAGUGAAGGUUGAAGGAUUUGACCUACCAAAGAAAAAUCCCCCUAAGGUGUCCUUUUUUUUUUUUAAAAAAAAAAAUUAUUUUUAUUAUUUGUUUUCUGUUUUUGUUUUAGUUUUUUUUGUUUUUGUCCUGAUUUAUUUUGUUUCAAUUGAUACAGGAAUGGGAUUAUAUUUAUGACCAGAAGAAUCUAUUCAUUGCGAAAGCCUUUUCCACUGCUACUUUCCAGGUGAUAGAGAACAUUAAGUCUUGUCUUUCAGAUGUACAGCUUGAUGUGUUUUCCAAAACCUGUUUUGGUCAUUUCCUUAACCUUCCUGAUUUUAAAGUUCAACCCCAAGUGUUUCAUGGGUUGUUGCUCCGGGAGGUUCAGCAACCUAAUGAUGCUGAGUUGUGGGUAAUGAUACGCGGUGUUAGGCUUAGGUUUAACAUUGAGGAGUUUGCAUUGAUUACUGGGUUAGACUGUGAAGGUGACUGUAGUGUUUUAGAUUUUAAGCAAGAGGUUAAUAGUCUUUGUGAAAAAUAUUGGCCAACUUCGUCCUCUAUCACUAAGGAAUCUGUUAGGGAAUGUUUUACCACCAAGAGGUGGGGUGAUUUUAUGAGGAUGCUGUGAAGUUGACAGUGUUGUAUUUUGUGGAGUGGUUCUUGCUUAGUGGCACUAAGCAUAAAAAUGUACCCAAGUCUAUUUUAGAUGUUGUAGAUAGUGGGAGGUACAAUGAAUUUGCUUGGGGCCGGAGUUCUUUUGAAUUGACUAUUUCCUCAUUGAAGGGUAAGCUUAAUAGUUGGGUUGAGGGUGUUAGGAAGGCAAGGAGUUCGGGAAAGAGGCCGAGUGUUUUUUACACUUUGAUUGGUUGUCCUCAUGUUCUUCAAGUUUGGUUUUACGAGUGUUGUAAGUACAUGAAAGGUAAGUACUGCCAAAAGGAGAACUCUCGUAUUCCAAGGAUCACUCAGUGGACAUGCAAUAGUCAGCCUAUUUUCAAAGUUUUGAAGACUACUAUUUUUUAUGUUUCCAAAGAUAAGGUAUAUCUGUUUGUUGUAAUUUGGUUUUUCAGUAGUUGUUUUUAUGUUGUUUUUCAUUAUUAAUAAUUUUCAUAAUUGAAAUUUUCAUUUUGGUGUUUUUUGAUCAGCUGCAACUUUCAAAUAUGAGGCCCACGGCUGGUGAGUUCAAAGCUUUGAAACUGAGCAGUUUCAAGUUCGACACUGACUACAACUCUUACAAGAGUCUUCCUGUUCCCGAAGAGCCAACUGUUGCUCAGAGUGACAUUUCUGUCAAGCUUGAUGCUUUUUCUGAGAAAUUUCAUGGGUUGGAGGUCAAGAUCGAUUCGUUGCAUACUUCCCAACAGAAGAUUUCAUCUGAUUUGGUUGAGUUGAAAGAGUUUGUGUCUGCACAGUUUGUUUCUUUUGGUGCUCAGAUGGCUUCAAUGCAGACACAGUUUUCUACUGUUUUUGCCGAUUCCUAUGCCAAGGUAUUUUAGUUUUUCAAUAGUUGUUUUUCGGUUUUUUUUAAGUUGUUUUAUACUAAUUUAAUUUGUAAUUACAAUGUAGGACAAAGACAGUGACUCUUCCAAUGAUGAUGAUGGAAGUGGUGAUGAAGCAGAUUUUGAUUUAAAUGAAUCUGAAGAAACUGAUGACAAUGAAGAAGAGAAUGUUAUGGGUGAUGAAGAAGGUGAGGGUAGUGAAGGUGAAGAGAAGGAUGGUCAAGCUGAUGAAGAUUCUGACUCAAAAAAAAAAAAUGAUAAGGGCAAUGAUGAUGAAUCCACUGAUAGUGAGGAGAAGGUAGAUAAGUAGACAAUGUAACUAGGUUUUAGUUACUUUGUGUGGUUUAUUUUGUUGUAAGUCCGUUUUAGGUAGUGGUCUUGUAAUUCUAUGUUCUUGUUAUGUCUCUUGUUAUGUUUUAUUUUCAGAAAUUUGCAACUAUUUUUCAGACUAUUUAUUUGUAUUUAUUAUGUUAUUUAUAUGGCUGUGUUUAUAGAUUAUGUUGUUCGCAAUUUAUUGUUGGUCUUCUUAUUUUACUUGUUGUUUUUAUUUUGUUUUUAAGUUGUUAUGUAGUUUUUUUUUAGUUGUUGAAGUCUUUCACAAAAAAUAACUUCACUUUUUUUCCAUUUUCUUUUUCCUUUAUUUUCUGUAUCAAGUAUUUCGUUGAUUUCAAUGACGGGCCUACUCAAAUAGAUGUUGAGGCUACUGUUCAGUCCGGUGUAAAAGCAGUUGAGAUUAUGGUAAUGUUGCUUUUGUGUUGUUUUUUGGUUGUGUAAAGGUUGUUAUUUUUUACCCAUGCUCUAAUUACUUUUUAAUGCCAUAUAUAAACAGAUGUCUUCAGAUGGAAUUGGUGGUGAUCCUUGUAAACAGAUUUCAGUUUCUGAAAAUGUUGAGGUUACGGAUCGUCGUCUUGUUUGUUUUGAGAUGGGUGCAACAGGUCUCAAUGUUGAUUCUAACAUUGAACUUGAAGAUGACCCAAUUCCCGUUGAAGAAACUCCUCUUGUUGACAAGAGGAAAUCUAAGAAACCCAUAGCGCUGACGUCUCCGUUUAUGGAGUAUGACUCUUCCAUUUCUAGUUCUAAAGAUGGUUCUGGUUAUGGAGUUGUUAAGUAUGUGGCUGGGUUGUGUCCUCUCGAUGAUAAGAUUGGUGAAGAUGUAGAACAUAAAGACGAGAAUGAUUUUGACUUGUGGCUUGGUGAAGGACGCCGAUCGAAGAAAGAUCCGCAUGACAAGGACAAGGUUUACUUGAAGGGUAAGGAUAAGAUUGUUCCCCCUUUUCGUUUUGGCGUGGAAGAUGUUGCAACCAAGAUGUGGUUCCACAAGCUUGCAUAUCCUGGCCAAUGUUUAACUAAUUCUCAUCUGGACAUCAUUUUUUACUAUCUACGUAAAAAAGGAAAGUAUGCAAAGGAGCCAAAGGUUAAGUUCACAACCACCGAUUGCUUAUUCUUCAAAACCAUUCAUGCUUUGUAUGAAAAAUUUAUUGCACAGAAAAAAAAUCUUUCUUUGAUAAGCACUUGA